AGAAUUCUGUUCAGAAAUCUGUGAAGGCUUUCCCUUGUUCUCCCAGAGCUCCGUUAGUCCUAUUUCAGUCAUCCUUGGUUUCCAAGGCACUGAAGGCAGUGUUCAAGAAUAUGGAGGGUGUUGAAAGUAGUCUAGAGGAGACCCAAGACCCUAAUGAAAAAAGUACCUUGAUCAGGAAAAGACUUGCCAGGAGCUGUAAGAACAAGUUUCUUGACAGCCAGAGACUUCGGAAAGGAUACCUGCUGCCGUCUGCGUCUGUGAAGAUCCUCCGUGACUGGCUCCAUAAGCACCGGUUUAAUGCCUACCCUAAUGAAGAAGAGAAGCAAAUGCUGUCCAAGAAGACCAACUUAUCUUACCUUCAGAUCUCCAACUGGUUUACAAACGCCCGUAGACGCCUUCUCCCAGGAAUCCUUCAAGAAAAUUCAAACAAAUUUACCUACGAAGGCCAGGCUGCAGAUUCAUCCCAGAAGCAGCACAUCAGUCUAUCUGAAGAGGUUAAGGCACAGCGUAAUGUCCAAGCAGAGAUGGGGGAUCUGUCCCUGCUAAUAUACCAAGUAUCUCAAAAGCUACCAGAUCCCGAGUCUUCAAGCCAGGUCGUCCCUGAAGCCCCUUCAGAGGAAGGCGGCAAGUUUUCCACCAGUGAGCCUUUGUCUUCUCCAGCAUCUGUGCUGCCAGAGGAAAAACCCGAUUUUAGCAGCUUCUACAUGCUGGUUGAUGCUGCUGUACAGAAGGCAGCAGAACUGGAGGAGCAGAAGAAGCAAAAUCUCAAUCAGUAAUCUCCACCCCCACCCCUCUCAGCAGUUCACAUAGUCAGUCCUUUGCACUUUGGUGGAUUAAUAUAUGCUCAACCUGACUUAACUUACAA